GCACGCAUCUCCAGCUGACUUUUCACAAGUAUCUCUUUUCCUCUCCCCUCAAUCAUCGCUCCUCAAAACCAAAAUGCCGCCCUCAAAACACGCGCGCCGCGUAAGAGUCUCCGACAUCGCGGCGUGGGAACGCUCAGUCUACACCUACCUAACCACGCUCUGCGACACGCCGCCUCUCCAGCUCAAGAAGCGAAAUAGAACCAGACACAGCCUCUCGAAUCUCUCGCUCCCCCCAGACCUUGAAGCCCCCCCAUCCCAUCACUUCUGGGCUCUUUUCUACGGCAAAUUGCCCCGUGAACUGCGCGACCUGGUCUACGAAUUCAUCAUCGGAUACACGGACAGCGUCUACGUCAUCGAGCCUCCAGACGGUAUCUUCCGCUACGACCCGUCCCGCUCGGUCGCCUGCUGCCGCUUUUCGCUUCUCGGGCGCGCGUCGCCGUUUCCCUCCGCCGCCGCGGGAGGAGAAGACGGUGACGACGAUGGCGAUGACGCCGCGGCGCAGAUGCGGAACGCCGCGCUCUUGGAGCUGACCUCGCUGUUCUUCGCGACCAACGCUUUCUACGUGCGCUACCGGUACAGCGCGCUCAUGGUCGACUUUCUCACCACGGCCUUCGUGGGCGUUGGCUGCGUGCCCGUGCAGCACCUGCGCAGCCUGCACAUUCUGCUCGCGCCGCCCGAGACGGCGGAAGAGUCGAGCUGGUGCGACGACGCCGAGUUCGAAUGGAACAAGCUUUUUCCGCGGCCGGUGAACGCGAAGUGCGUCAUGUAUCGGGAGGAUCUGGAGGCGGAAUUCGAGCGGGUGAAGGAGGCGACGAGGGAGGCGGAGAUUGACUUGUGCGUUUGCGUGGAGGAUGCGAAGCCGCCUUGGUCGGGGGAGGAUGAGGGGAGGGGCGUGAGGGAGUGGUUUGAGGGGUGGUGGAUGGUGUGCGUGGAGAGGAAGAGGGAGUUUACUGUUAUGACGAUUUGA